AGUUCCGUCGCUGUUCGUCACAGGGAGUGUCUGUCUGUGUCUCAUAAGCGAUGUAGCGUCGCGUUCGGUCGCGUUUUUGUGGCUUAAAUGCUCGUGCUUUUGUUUAACAUAUUUUUUUUAGUUUCAUCUCUCCUCGAGGGCCCUUUACUCGUCGUAUAAGAUUCGCCGUUUUAAGUAAGCUCGAUAUCCACGUUCACGGCGAACGGUUUUCUCGCUCGAGUUUUAUCGAAACGCGCGUGGACGAGACGUCACCAAUUAACGUUGGAGGUGGUCAUCGUCAGGGAGUGUCUCUCACGAGCUCCGUUUCUCUGUCGGUUCCGUUGCACCUGCAGCGCAGUCGCGUUUCUUCAAUGUUGCGACACUCCCGAUCGCGAUUAAUAGGAGUAAUACUGUAACUUUUUUUUUUUUUCUUUUAAAUUGAAAAUCGUAAGAUGCCUGUCGUUGUUACUGUCGCAUAAGUUCGAAGAUAAGCCCGGAAUGAUGUCGCGUUUAUUAGCCACCGCGGCGUUCGCGCUGAUCCUCUCGCUUCCCGCGCUCGCGCAAAACAUCCGUUUCGGCGAGCAGCAGUUCUACGAGUGUCCCCAGCACUGGACGCGAUUCCAGGACUCGUGCUACCGCUUCAUCAAGAGCCCGCUGCGGCCGCGGGAGGACGCCCGCCGUAAUUGCCAGGCCUUCCAGAGCGACCUGCUCGCCAUCAACUCGAUGGAGGAGCACGGGUUCAUUCUCUAUCAGCUGCUGUGGCAGGAUCCGCAGCAUCGCCGGUGGUACACCGGCGUGAAGCUCCAGGGCGGCCUGUGGAUAAACGACGCCGACGGCACGACGAUGAUAAACAUGGACAACGCCUUCCUGCCCGAGCCCAACGACGGCGUGUUCGGCAGGGAUUACCUGGCGUACGCCUACUCCGACAAUCUCCAGCGCUGGGGGCUGGAGAAGGUCACCGGCCGGGACGAGCUGCUGUACAUCUGCGAGGCGCCCCUCGCCACUCUUCACAACCUCGUGGACGACGAUCGCACCUACCAGUACGGAGUCGACAUCGACAAUCCCCUUCAGAUACCCAGGGGCCCGUACUUCAUAAAGCAGCCCGUGAACAAGGUGUUCGACGUGUCGAAGAGACGAACGAACAACGACGUCUCGUUGAGCUGUUUGGCGGGCGGCUAUCCCACUCCCACUUACGAAUGGUUCAAGGAGGACUACGAGAACGAUCGACUUGUCGCGAGGAAAAUUGAUCCCCUUACGAACAGCCGGUAUACCGUGAGCGGCGGAACGUUGAUCAUCUACGAGCCGGAACAGACGGAAGAUCGUGGCUCGUAUCACUGCAAGGCGACCAACAAAUUUGGCACGAUUAUCUCUGAGAGCGUUGAACUGUCGUUCGGAUACAUUCUGGAGUUUAAUUUGAAACGUUCCGAGGAACGCGGAGAUAAUCAUUGGGGCAAAGCAGUUUACUGCGACCCGCCGCAGCAUUUCCCGGGUGUCAAGUACUAUUGGGCGCGCGACUACUUCCCCAAUUUCGUCGAGGAGGAUAAACGUGUGUUCGUCUCGCACGACGGUGCGCUUUACUUCUCCGCGUUGGAAACGAUCGACCGAGGAAACUAUUCGUGCAACGUUCAGAGCGUCGCAUCCGACACCGGACGUAACGGGCCAUUCUUCCCGUUGAGGGUGGACAUGCACUCCUCCUUCCAGCAGUUGAAGUUCCCUAAUAAUUUCCCAAAAGCGUUCCCGGAAGCACCGGUGGCCGGAGAAGAAGUUAGAUUGGAAUGCAUCGCGUUUGGAUACCCCGUUCCCUCGUACAAUUGGACGAGAAGGUAUUCCAUUCUUCCGCGUGGAGCGUACACGACAAAUUACAAUCGGGUAUUGAUAAUACCUCGCGUACACGUGGAGGAUCAAGGCGAAUAUAUAUGCCGCGCGUACAACGACAGACUGUCCAUCGAGAACUCCGUGCGAUUGACCAUACAAGCGGCGCCUAAUUUCACGAUCCCGUUGAUCGACAAGCAUAUGGAUAACCGGGGGGAUUUAACUUGGACCUGUGAGGCGUUCGGCAUACCGGACGUCACCUACAGCUGGUUCCGAAACGGCGAGCUCUUGUACAAUUAUACUCUGCCGCCUGAAGAUAGGGAUCGUUAUACUAUACAAGAUAAUGUGCUAAAUAUACGACAUCUGGAUCCUGAGAGGGAUCAGGCUAUGUACCAAUGCCGCGCGAAGAAUCAGCUGAAAACAACAUACUCGUCGGCUCAACUUAGAGUCCUGUCGUUGAAACCGUCCUUCAAGAAACGGCCGAUGGAAUCCGAGACGUACGCGGCGGAAGGAGGUAACGUCACGAUCGUGUGCAAGCCCGAGGCCGCACCCAGGCCGAAAUUCGUGUGGAAGAAAGAUGGGAACGUAAUCGGAUCGGGCGGCAGGCGAAGAAUUCUAGAGACUGGCAAUCUCAUCAUCAGCCCGGUGUCGCGAGACGACGAGGGAACGUACGUGUGCACAGCGACGAAUCAGUAUGGCAGCGAUGAAACUCGUGGACGACUGAUCGUGCUACGUGGACCACAAUUUAUUCAGAGACUGCCGCCACAGAUACUUCUGUACUAUAAUAAUAAUCUGACGUUGCGCUGCGUGGCGCACGUGGACGAAAUGUUGGAUGUGGCGUAUAUCUGGACGCAUAACGGUAUGCGUAUCCGUACUAAGGAUUUGGAGAACAAUCCGCGAUUGCGCAUCGGUGGCGAAUAUUUGGAUAUUAUAAAUGUCACAUUCGCUGAGGCCGGCGACUACGAGUGUAUCUUGAGAAGCGCCGUCGGCGAGAUAUCGAGCAAGCUUAAUCUGAUCGUGCAGGGACCACCGGGGCCACCCGGCGGAGUGCAGGUGGUGAACAUAGUCAGAACCUCAGCCACGUUACGGUGGACCGACGGUGCCUUGAACGGCAGACCGGUAUUCAUGUACACGAUCAGUGCGCGAACGAAUUGGAACAGCACAUGGUUUCCUCUUGUAGAAAAUAUUACGUCGGCUCUUGAAACGGAUAGAUACAACGGGCGAAAAGAGGCGUAUCUGGAGAACGUUCUGAAUCCUUAUACCACAUACGAGUUCCGCGUGCUUGCCUGCAAUGAAUUCGGCUACGGUCCGCCGUCAGCUCCCUCACCCCAGUACAGCACUCCGUCCGACAAGCCUACGAAAGCGCCGUCGAACAUCAGCGGUGGCGGUGGAAAAAUUGGAGAUCUCACGAUCACGUGGGAUCCGCUCAGUCCGUCCGAUCAGAACGGUCCUGAGAUCUAUUACAAGAUAUUCUGGCGUCGCAAGGGACACGACAAGGAGUUCCAGUCUCAAUCCCUCAAGGAAUACGGCAACGUCGGCAGUGCUGUCGUGCCGGUUCAACAGCAGUAUUACUACACGGAGUACGAGGUGAAAGUGCAAGCGGUCAACGUGAUGGGCGAGGGCCCGAUAUCCGAAAUCAUCACGGUGUACAGCGCGGAGGACAUGCCGCAGGUCGCGCCGCAACAAACGUUCGCCAUGAGUUACAACAGCACCAGCUUGAACGUCACCUGGCUGCCGAUCGAACAGACCCGCGAGCGAGUGCGGGGCAAGCUGAUCGGCCACAGGAUCAAGUACUGGAAGGAGAGUAUUCGCGAGGAGGACGCUACUUAUUACCUGUCACGCACCACUCGUCCUUGGUCGCUGGUCGUUGGAUUGCAGCCAGACACAUAUUAUUACGUGAAGGUGAUGGCCUACAACUCUGCCGGAGAAGGUCCGGAGAGCGAGCGGUACCUAGAGCGAACGUAUCGCAAAGCACCGCAGAAACCGCCGUCCUCGGUGAACGUGUACGGCGUAAACCCGUCGACGGUAAGGGUCGUCUGGCGUUACGUGCAACCGAGCCUGGAGGAAGAGCCGCUGAUCGGAUACAAGAUACGCGUAUGGGAGUUUGAUCAGGACAUGAGCACGGCGAACGACACGAUCGUGCCAGGCGGCGCCAAGCUGGAGGCCGACAUCAAGAACCUGAGCCCAGGCAAGACGUAUCGCCUGAGAGUGCUCGCAUUCAGCAACGGCGGCGACGGCCGGAUGUCGAGCCCCACUCAUACAUUCCAAAUGGGCGAUGCCGCAGCCUUUAGGAGCGACGCUGGGAGAAUCAAGUUCUCGGACGUCGCUCUGGGAAUAGUAUUCUUGUUGCUUUUACGAAUCUACAAUUAUGUAUAGUGUAAAAUAGUCACUAGUAACCGAAGGCUAUAAUGAUUAACGACCCUAAUUUCGUACAGUUCUCUUGAGCGGAAAAGCUAAAGGAUUUAACGGAGACUAAAACAAAUGUUGAAUGAGAUUUAACGAGAUAUUAGGUGUAACCCGAUGAAUCUCAGUUGGAUUAACGUCUUUGACGGGCUAAAUAUUAAAUCGCUACGUCAUUAGUGCUACUUAACGACGUAAUCGCUUCUGUUUUUAGCAUUUUAACAGCAAUGACUCUCAGCACUUAAGUACUUCCACGAUUAUUUUUUAAAGAAGAAUCAUGGUAUUACAUGAGGAGACUGAAACCGAUCUGCAUUUGACCUAAAUAAAACGCGCAGAGUAAUACACAGUGAGUUCAGUAUAAUUUUUAUUCUAUAUGCUAGAAAGAAUACUCUGUUUAUCUAUAAUAUACAUUUUUUUCGGUAUACGUACUAACGAUGCUUUAAACUCUCACGAGCAAUAUAUUAUUUUUUAUCAUAUGAUUAUGUAUGUAUGUACAUAUACAUACACAAAGUACCAAAUAACAU